UUCCAUCUACUCCACACACACUCUACUCUAACUAAAAACCUAAUCAGAUAAACCCUCUUCUUCUCAUCCGCUGCCAUUUCAACCUCGCUUCCAACGACUUCAAUUUUCAGUGAGAAGUAAAUGGCGUCGACUUUCGCUGGCCUGUCCUCAGUGGGUUCAUUGGCUGCCCCCGGCAGGGUGCUUGAUGAUAAAAUUACCGUCUCAUCUAGCAGGUUGUCGUCUCUUGCUUCCAUCUCCGCUAGUUCGCUUGGGAGGAGAAAGAAUGUGGUCCUCCGCAAAACCCGUCCUUCUCAAAUAACAGCUGCUGCUAAGGACUUGUACUUCAACAAGGAUGGCUCAGCCAUCAAGAGGCUUCAGGUCGGUGUUAACAAACUUGCAGACCUAGUUGGUGUCACACUUGGACCCAAGGGAAGGAAUGUUGUUCUUGAAAGCAAGUAUGGUGCCCCAAAAAUUGUCAAUGAUGGAGUUACAGUGGCCCGAGAGGUUGAGUUGGAAGAUCCAGUUGAGAACAUAGGAGCUAAAUUGGUAAGACAAGCAGCUGCCAAGACAAACGACCUGGCUGGGGAUGGGACGACAACCUCUGUUGUUCUUGCACAAGGGCUUAUUGCCGAAGGUGUCAAGGUAUGUCGUAGUUGUCUUGUUGUUAACAAGCUGAGAGGGGCACUCAAAGUUGCCGCACUUAAAGCUCCUGGAUUCGGAGAAAGAAAAAGUCAGUAUCUUGAUGACAUUGCUACUUUGACCGGAGGAACUGUGAUCCGGGAGGAAGUUGGUCUAACCUUAGACAAGGCCGACAAGGAAGUUUUGGGACAUGCUGCCAAGGUGGUGUUGUCAAAGGAUUCAACUACAAUAGUUGGAGAUGGUAGUACUCAGGACGCUAUAAACAAGCGUGUCUCUCAAAUUAAAAACCUCAUUGAGGCAGCCGAUCAAGACUAUGAGAAGGAAAAGCUAAAUGAAAGAAUCGCAAAGCUAUCAGGAGGGGUUGCCGUGAUUCAGGUCGGAGCGCAAACUGAAACCGAGCUGAAGGAGAAAAAGCUCAGAGUAGAAGAUGCUCUCAAUGCCACUAAGGCUGCUGUUGAGGAAGGAAUUGUCGUUGGAGGCGGAUGCACGCUGUUGAGGCUUGCAUCUAAAGUUGAUGCUAUCAAGGAAACUCUUGAAAAUGAGGAGGAGAAGGUUGGAGCUGACAUUGUCAAAAGAGCUUUGAGCUAUCCAUUGAAAUUGAUAGCCAAGAAUGCCGGUGUUAAUGGAAGCGUUGUUAGUGAAAAGGUGUUGUCAAGUGAUAACCCUAAAUACGGAUACAAUGCUGCAACUGGACAGUACGAAGAUCUCAUGGCUGCUGGAAUUAUCGACCCGACCAAGGUGGUGAGGUGUUGCCUAGAGCACGCUUCUUCAGUUGCGAAGACGUUCUUGAUGUCGGACUGUGUGGUGGUGGAGAUCAAGGAGCCGGAGCCAGUCCCUGUAGGAACCCCGAUGGACAACUCAGGGUAUGGUUACUAAGCGAAUCGUUGAGUCGAAGCUCCAGUGUGGUGGCGGAUUAGUUUUUAGUAUGGGGAGUUUUGCAGAAUUUUAGUGAAGCCAUUUAUAUAGGAGUGAUGAGACUAUUUUUUCCACCAUGUUUGCGGUGGAUUCGGCGUGGAAUGUAACAGUACCUAAUAAUUCAAUGUUUCAAUAAAUUUAUGUCCAUUUUACUUUGUGGUAAA